GGCUUCAAUUUGUUGGCAAUGAUUGCAAGCGUCGUCCAAGAACAAGCUUUCCAGUCUAAAAGCUGGAGCGAUUUUGUAACAUGACAGACAACGACUCUCUCACUGCCACCAGAGGCGCGCCUCAGCGGCCACCUGCGGGAACCUUUCAGAGAGCGGCGAUCGCUCUCACGAGUGUCUCUUCUGUAAUGACUGGGUCCUUCUUGAUUGUCUUCCUCUUCGAGUUAAAAUCAGAGUGUGAUGUUCCUCUCAACUGGUGGCUCUUAGGAUGUAUAUUUUUUAGCAUUCCAGCUACCUACAUUACCAACUUGGUCAAGAAACUUUACGGCUUCGAUGCUACGAUCGGUAUGGAAAUUGUUUUGCUCGUAAUUGGUUUCCUCUGGAUGGCCAUUGGCACAAUUGGGAUAAACAUGUCAACGACAUGCGAGUCGACUGCGCCACUGCUGUGGUGGACCGUUUUUAUUUCAGUGACCCUGUUCUGGUCUAUGGCUGUGGGAGCCACGUUUUUUCUACUUGCAAUCGUGUUGAUUCCAAUGGCUUUUACCGGAGGGAAAUCCCCUGGAUUCGUUUAG